AUGGACGGUCCACCACCCCGCCGCCACUCGCGCGGCCCGUACGACGACGACCGCCCUCCUCGUCGUGACGGCCCGCCGCCGUCCGCCUACCGCGACGACGGCCCGCGCUACGACCGCCCGCCGCCACCCACGAGGGGUACGGACCGGCGCGACGACUAUGAGCGAGGCGCGCCGCCGCCGAGACGCACCUUCGACGAUGACGGCCCUGGAGCUCUUCGUCGCUCGUUCGACCGGCGAGGCCCGCCAAGCCCGGACUACGACGCCCGCAAGCGCCGUCGCUCGCCCUCGCCCGGCGGUCCAUCUGGUCCUCUUCCCGGCGGCCGCCUCCCUGCCAGGGGCUAUCCCCCCGUGCGCGACAGCCGAGACGGUCCUCCUCCUCGCCGAGACCUGUACCACAACGGCCGCGGUCCGUCGCCGCCGCCUCGAGGCAGAUCAAGGCGCGAUGGGCCGCUCCUGCCGCCGCAGGCGGGCUACCCUCAUGGCGCCGAUCCGUACGGUCAGCCGUUUGGCGCCGGCCCGCCUCCUCCUCUUCGACCCGUCCUCGAACCGCCGAUGCAGCUCCCGCAACGCGUCACCAAGGCCUACUUCUCCGACUGGUUCCGCUCGACCAACCCGCCCUCGCUCGCCGACUCGACCUCGGCGCUCGACGACGCCUACAAGAAGUACUGCGGCGACGUCGCACGGCGCGAGCUCAAGGCGCUGUUCGACCAGACGAGGACGCUCGGCGGCGAGUGGUUCGACGAGAAGUACGGCGUCGGGCCGGCGAGGGAGGCCGAGAGGAGGGACAGGAGGCUCAAGGUCGAGAGGGCGAGGAGGGUCGGCGACUGGAUCGAGAGGGCCGACAAGGGCGAGUUCGACGGGUUGACCUUUGACUUCGACGAGGAGCUCGCGCGCAAGCCCCGCAUCCAGCCGAACGCGGCGACGCAGCAGGCCGCCGCCGUCCCGGCCGGCUCGAGCACCAACGGCGCGUCGGCGUCACCCGAGCAGCAGCCCAACGUCGACCUUCCCGCCGCGCCGGCCGCCUCGGCCUCGCCCGCACCUGUUGCCGCCGCCGCAAGUGUCGAGCUGCAGCCGUCGUCGCCCGAGUUUGUCGUCCUGCCGCCCAGGCCCGAGGUGCUCGCCAUCCAGGGCGUACCGCCGACCGUCGCCUACAAAAAGCUCGAAGCCGUCUUUGCCGCGUUCCCGGGCUUUGUCCGCCUCGCCCUCAGCGAGCCCCUCGUCAACUUCGACUUUGCCCGCACGGGCUGGGCCAUCUUCGCGUCGGCGGCCGAGGCGGCGGCGGCGCUCAAGAGCGUCCAGACGGGCGCCGCCAACGUCGACAUCCAGUCGGGCGAGGACAAGGUCGCCUCUGCCGCCGCCGGCGAUGCCGAGAUGUCGGCGGCGGCCCAUCUCGCAAGCCCUGCGCCGUCGGGCGAGGGCGCCGCCGUCGCCGUCGCCGGUCCCGUCAACGGCGCGCAUUCGCUCGAUCCGUCGACCUCGACGCACGUCCUCGCCGCCUCGUCCUCGAUGCCGUUCGACCUGUGCGCCCCAGGCGCCGUCGUCUCGCUCCUUGAGGCGCACGAGGUGCGCGUGCGCGCGACGCCCGCCGCGUUCUGCGCCCCUUCGCGCGUCGCGGCCGACCUGGAGACGGUGCUGAGGGUCGUGCGCGAGGCCGAGAGGCGGCUCGAGCUCGACGGGCAGGCGGUCGAGGGGAGGAAGGGGAGCGAGUGGAUCGAGGAGAAGAAGGUGCAGCUCGCGAGGGAGCUCGAGGAGAAGAAGGAGCGCGAGGGCAUGGGCGCGCCGGCGCACAGGAUCGCUCUCGCCGAGGUGACCAAGCGCACACUCGACCUCGCCCUGUCGUACCUGCGCGAGGCGCACGACGUGUGCUACUACUGCUGCGCGAUGACCGAGUCGCCCGAGCAGCUCCUCGAGCUGUGCCCUCGUCACGUGCGCCGGUGCGACGAGUUCCGCAACGAGCGUCGCCUCAACAACGAGCUCGACUUUGUCCAGAGCUUCGACGAGCACGUGCCGCUCAUGCAGGACACCUCGGCCCUCGACAUCCGCGACCUCGGCGCGCUGUCUCGCGACGAGGAGCUGUACCGCCUCGCCAGCCCGCACCUCAAGCAGGAGGAGGAGGGCAAGUUCCGGUGCAAGACGUGCAACAAGCUCUUCAGCGCGCGCAAGUUCGUCGAGAAGCACAUUGGGCUCAAGCACCCGGAGCUGUUCGGCGACGCGCUCGAGGAGGUCGCCCUGUUCAACAACUACGUCCUCGACCCGCUGCGCCUCCCGACGGCGUCGUUCCAGAUCGAGAACUACCUCCCGUCGAUCCUGAACCCGCCGGCGCCGCCUUCAACCGGCCGCCGCGCCCUCGCCGACCGCCUCGGCCCGCCGCACAAGCGCUCGCGGCGCGAGAGUGGGCGUGGCAGGGGAGGACCCGAUGGCGAGAGGGACGGGCCGGCGGCGCCGCCGCCCAAAGGAGCGGCGCUCGACCCGAGGGCGCAGAGAGGCGCGACCGCCUACGCCGACCUGGACGGACCCGCAGGAGGAGGAGACCCGGUCGCGCUCCCUUACUGAGCGGAGCGAGGCGCGAGGAAAAAGCCGAGCGAGCGAGGGCUUGCGGGAGGGAUUUGCAGUGCACAGCAGCUUUUAUCACACG